CCUCGGGUGCGCUCCUGGGCGCUCGCCGCCGCCGCCGCCGCGCCUUGAGUCAGCAAACUCCGUGGUGUUCCCGGCCCCGCGCCGCCGCCCAGGACUGCGCGUUGACCGUGUCCUGAGCUGAAGAUGUUUCCUGAGCAACAGAAAGAGGCACACGGAUUUGUUAAGGAGAAGUAGGAAAGAGCUCCAGAGAGCAGGAGAGUUCCACAGGAGAACGUGCCCAUAACCUAUUUACCUUCCCGGCCAUUGAUUCACUAAGGAUUGGCUGUUUGCAAAAAUCGUGUGGGAGCCCGAGGGAUGGUGCAGUGAUUAAAAGAGUUCGUAAGUGUCUGGGUCCGAGACCCCAGGAUCCAGAAGGAGGACUUUUGGCACUCCUAUAUCGACUAUGAGAUCUGUAUCCAUACUAAUAGCAUGUGUUUUACCAUGAAAACAUCUUGUGUACGAAGAAGGUACCGAGAAUUCGUGUGGCUGAGGCAAAGGCUCCAAAGCAACGCGUUGCUGGUACAAUUACCAGAACUUCCAUCUAAAAAUCUAUUUUUCAACAUGAACAAUCGCCAGCAUGUUGACCAGCGCCGUCAGGGCUUGGAAGAUUUCCUUAGAAAAGUCCUGCAGAACGCCCUGCUGCUCUCAGACAGCAGCCUCCACCUCUUCCUGCAGAGCCACCUCAACUCCGAGGACAUUGAAGCAUGCGUCUCUGGGCAGACCAGGUACUCCGUGGAAGAAGCGAUUCGCAAGUUUGCCUUGAUGAAUAGACGGUUCCCCGAAGAAGACGAAGGAAAAAAGGACAACGAUGUAGAUUAUGAUUCAGAGAGUUCAUCCUGUGGACUUGGACACAGUAGUGAUGACAGCAGUUCCCAUGGAUGUAAAACAAGCCCAAGCCCGGCCCUGCAGGAGUCCUGAGAAGGAAUCCUGGGGCCACCACCUUAGGCACAGAAUCACGCCCAGCCGGAGAGAACGCUUGCUCACAAUAGAUCCUUAUCUAAUGCCACUGUUGCUGUCUUAGGUAGUUAAACACUUACAGUGGUGGGUUCUUAGUGGUAGUGUUUUUACGUUGUCUAAUUUUAGCCAGGCUUCUGUAUAAAGCCGUGAGGUCUGUGAAUGCCAUACAACCCUCUAUUGCUAUAUAAUACGUGUAAAUACAAUCCUGCUCUCAAGUGAGGUGAGUUACAUGCUGUAUAUAUAAAAAUGAAGUCCAGCUGGUCUAACUGAAUUUUAAAGAGCUAGGUGUAUCAGUAGCAUUUCAAGCCAGACGGAGCCUCCCUGCAGUGUCAACAGUAAACAGAGAGUGACUGGAGUCACGGCACGUCACACCGCCUCUUUGACACGCGGCUCUUGUUUUGUGGAGAAUCCCACUACUCUGGAAAAUGCUUUGCUUUUGGGUGUUUGAUUGACAUAUUUAAGAGUAUUUAAGCUUUCCAGUAUACUAUUUCACAUGUAAAUGGAAAAUAUGUCUUACAAAUAAAGACGUAUUAAAAUGAUGUUUACAUCUUAGAGGGAAGAAAUAGAAAAUAUGCCCGUGAUUUUGCUUAAAUUUGCCAUCCGUGGAUUUAGAAAUACAUUCUCACUGUCCAAAAAUGAGCUUAAACAUGGCUUCUGGCAACAAGUCAUUUUACCAUUGUGUAGUUAGAAUCAUAGCUUAUGGUUUAUUUUCUGAUAUUAAAAAAAUGUGCAUUAAAAAAAUCACCUGGUAACUUUGGUCAGUGGUGGCUCCUCACAACGUAUCUUAAAGUUAGAAGAAGGUAUUUAUAAGAUUUAAGUUAAUUUUACCCGUAAAUACUUCAAUAACUUUGGAGUGGAAGACAGGUUGCUAAUGUCAGAGCUCAUAUUGUUUUAGAAGUCCUUUCUUUUAAGGUAUCUACCUGAAGAUUGGCUUAAUUUGAAUAAAAUAGUUUCUCUCUCUCUUUGUGGCCUGAAGAUAAGAUGUCUUGGGUCACUGUGGGCUUCCAGUUUCAGAUGGGGCAGCAUUUUCCUGGGAUAAUUAGCCGAGUCCUUCCCGUUAGUGAUGCAGAGCAUCUUCGGUAGCUGAAAGAAGGUAUUUUCACCCAUGUGGGAUAACUUGUUGCUUUCAAUGAAUGGCUCCUGCUCCCAUUGGGUGCAAAAGCUACUGCAAAAACACUUGGGUGUUUAGUCAUUAUUGUGAUUAAUAAAAAGUUACUGGAUUGUCCUUUGUCACACUUGUUUCAAAGAAUUGGUAAAAAAAGAAACAGAAACAUUACAUUUAGAGUAAGGGUGAUUAUUUUAAUUUCUCCUUUUUAAAAAAUUCUGUCUGAAACAUAUAUGAAACAUCUGUAAGUGUUCUGAUUUAGUGUCUUGGAUCUUGUCCUCAAAUAUGAAUUUCCUGCCGGAAGAAAAGGGUUUGGCAGCUGCUUCUCUGGCUGCAUGGAAAGUUUUAAUGCAGUUCCCACUCCUCAGUAGUAGACACGAAUUCACAACGUUUAUGUUCUACAGCAUCUUUGAAAAGCAUAUAUUGUGUCACCAGUUAUCCAGCUGCUUCUUGAUGAGAUAAUAAUGUAACCAUUGAAGUUAAUAUAUUGACGCUUAAUAUUUGCUCUGUAAACUUCACGAGGUUAUUGUUUUCACAUUAAACAUAAAAAACUGGCA